ACAACGGUGUCCAAUUCCGCAACCUAUUGAGCGAACCCAAGACACAAUUGGGCACCACAACAAAAAAGAAACGCCAACACGAAGUGUGCGCUGCCCGAAUUUAUAUUUGACUUAUAACCCCUCCACCUAAGUAGUACUUCAGACCGCCAUGCUACCGCUUCCUUCAUCGAACAAUCCAGACACAUCACACUUGUAAUGUGCCGAUUCUUAGUUUUCCGCGGCAGCGACGAGAUCCUGCUCUCGAAGCUCAUCCUCGACCCGACGCACUCCAUCUUGAAGCAAUCGUUUGACUCCCGUUUGCGACUGGAUACCAGACGAGGCCAGAACAAUGCUGAUGGCUUUGGCAUUGGCUGGUACACCGACCCCAAACUAGGUGCCGCUCCGUGCCUCUUCACUUCCACCAUCCCCGCGUGGAACUGCACCAACCUGCAUCGCAUAGCCUCCAAGACGGCCUCCCACCUAGUUUUCGCCCAUGUUAGAGCUACUACGGAAGGUUCGCUGAGCGAGGACAACUGCCACCCGUUCUACCAUGGCAGCUUGAUGUGGAUGCACAACGGUGGACUGGGAGGAUGGAAACAUAUUAAACGGAAGUUGGCCGAGAGACUUCAUGACAAGUGGUACCUUCGUGUUCAGGGUGGUACCGACAGUGAGUGGGCAUUUGCUCUGUUCCUCGACCGUCUGGAACGCCUGGGUGUUGAUCCCAGCUCCCGACCCAAGAACGGCUUUGGUCCUACCGUGUUGCGCAAGGCACUUCUGCAGACCAUCGAGGUCAUCAACGAACUCACCACUAGCAUUCCCGAGAGCAUUGUUCAAAGCGAGAACGUCGACACGCGAAGUCUGCUCAACUUCGCUGUGACUGACGGAGAUAGUAUUCUGUGCACGAGGUAUGUGAGCAGCAAGACGGACGAGGCCGCGAGCUUGUACUAUUCCUCAGGCACCCAGUGGGAGACGAGACCCGCUCCUUCGAAUGACCGGGAUUACCAGAUGGAGCGGCGAGAUAAGGGCGCCGACAUCGUGCUCGUGGCCAGCGAACCUCUAACUUUUGAGCGAGAAAACUGGGUCAACGUUCCCACCAACUCCCUCCUCACAAUUCACCAUCAGUCAGUCAUGGUCCAACCUAUCGAAGACGGUUUCUCGGCGAAGGAUCCCUACCACAAACGAUCCUCGGCAUUUGCAACCACCAAGGGUCUUACGACAAACGAAAAGGCCGCAACGCGGGUCAUGUCUAGUCCUCUAUCCACCCCUAACCCGGAUACCGACUCCCAGAAGCGCGUCUUUGGGCCCCUGCUUCCUCUCAACCUUCUCAGCCGCGCACCCGAGCCUACCACUCUUUCUAUCCCUGUGCCCGGACCUGCGCGCAAACAAACACCACUGUCGAUCUCGGAGACGGCUAAUGGUGGCCCCGACCUGCGGACAGUCACACUGUUGCCGCAGCGGCCUGAAAUCGGUGCCAAACAACCGAGCCAGGGGAACAUUAAGAAAAAAAGACGUUCGCUCAUGACGGGCGAAUUCUCGCACCCCGCUGAAUAUUUGGAUACCGAACACCAACCUCCGAUACCAGAUAGCCCGGUUAUGAGUCCGACGCGAGCGAGCGAAUACUGCAAUAAUGAGAAGGCAGCACGCGUCCUCGGUCUUGCGCUCUAGAAUGGCACCGAUGAUGUCGUGUGCAGGAGAAUGUGCAUGUGAGAGG